CCACCCUUUCAAUUAAUCGGCACCCCGCGCCUCUAUCUAUGGCAGCUUCUCUUUCCCCACUCUCCUCUCUCUUCACACAACCCCACUCUUCCGCCUUCCGCAUCAGACUCCAACGCUGCUGCUGCCUUACCUUCUCCUCCUCCUCCUCCUCAUCUCCCUCUCUCCCUCACCCCUUCCUCUCCAAACCCCAUAUUCCUCUCUCUACUUCUCCUCCUUCCCUCCUCAGAUGGAGGAGGUCUCUUUCCACCACCUCCUCCCACCUCCAUUCCUUCCCAUCCAACGGCACAGAUCUCUCCAAGGUGGGCCCCGCUCCCAGUCUCCGCAGCUUCGUCGGGAAGGCAAUCGCCAGCUCCGAAGCCCAGCAAGAGAAUCCUGUUUCAGCUUCUGAAAAUCCCUCAAGAGGCCGCAUCUACCAUGAAACUUAUGGAUGUCAAAUGAAUAUUAAUGACAUGGAGAUUGUCCUGUCUAUCAUGAAGACCGCUGGUUACUCAGAAAUUGUGGAUGUUCCAGAGAGUGCAGAGAUUAUUUUUAUCAAUACUUGUGCUAUCCGGGACAAUGCAGAACAAAAAGUAUGGCAGAGGCUCAACUACUUCUGGUUUCUGAAAAGGCACUGGAAGAGCAAUAUGGCUAUUGGAAGAUCACAGUCUAAGCAUCCUCCGAAAGUGGUAGUGUUGGGUUGCAUGGCUGAGAGGUUGAAGGAUAAGAUACUCGAUGCAGAUAAGAUGGUUGAUGUUGUGUGUGGGCCUGAUGCAUACAGGGACCUGCCUCGUUUGUUGGAAGAGGUUGACUAUGGUCAGAAGGGAAUCAACACUCUUCUAUCCCUUGAAGAAACAUAUGCUGAUAUCAGUCCAGUGAGGAUCUCGAGCAAUUCGGUUACGGCAUUUGUCUCUAUAAUGAGGGGAUGCAAUAACAUGUGCUCCUUUUGCAUCGUGCCUUUCACCAGAGGCAGAGAGAGAUCUCGCCCAGUGGAGUCUAUUGUAAGGGAGGUCAGUGAACUUUGGAAGGAAGGUGUGAAAGAGAUAAUGCUUCUCGGUCAGAAUGUGAACAGUUACAAUGAUGCUUCUGGGGUUGACAAAGAUGUUGAGCCAGGGGAAAAUUGGAGAUUUAGUGAUGGAUUUUCCAGCAUUAGCAAAGUGAAGAAGAUGGGAUUGCGCUUUUCUGAUCUCUUGGGUAGGCUGUCCACUGAAUUUCCAGAGAUGCGGUUCAGAUAUACAUCUCCACAUCCAAAAGAUUUCCCAGAUGAAUUACUAUCUUUGAUGAGGGAUAGAUAUAAUAUCUGCAAAACUAUUCAUUUGCCAGCACAAACUGGGAGUACGACGGUGUUGGAAAGAAUGCGUCGGGGAUAUACUCGAGAGGCAUACUUGGAUCUUGUGAAAAAAAUACGGGACGUCAUUCCUGAUGUUGGGAUAAGCAGCGAUUUCAUAUGCGGAUUCUGUGGAGAAACGGAGGAGGAGCAUGCCGACACUUUAAGCCUUAUAAAGGCUGUUGGUUACGACAUGGCAUACAUGUUCGCAUAUAGCAUGAGGGAAAAAACUCAUGCCCAUAGAAAUUAUGUCGAUGAUGUUCCUGACAAAAUCAAGCAAAGGAGGUUGACCGAGCUCAUCGACACCUUCCGUGAAACAACAGGUCAGUGUUAUGACUCCCAGAUUGGAACCGUCCAACUCAUAUUAGUUGAAGGACCAAACAAGAGAGCUCCGGAGACGGAGCUGAUUGGCAAGAGCGAUAGAGGCCACAGAGUUAUAUUUAAGAGUGUACCUCUCCCACAUCGCGAUGGCAUGCACUCAGCUGGAGGAGAACGGAAUCCUAUGAUUGGUGAUUUUGUGGAAGUCCACAUUUUGAAGUCAACACGAGCAUCGCUUUUUGGGGAAGCUCUUGCCCUGACGAGUUUGAGCAUGUUUCACAGCAAACCAGAUCUUGGUCUUGUUGCCGCAAUCUGAACAUGGGUUCUCUUUGAUUCAUUUUCAUUGCCCAUGAAGGUGCUGUAAUUCAUUGUGCAAUUGAAGCAAGUGCAGUUCGACUGAUGAGCCUGGGAAAUGCCAUGGAGUUGAGAUUUCUAACCCUCCUGACUUACAGAUUUAUUUACUUCAGAAAUUGGGGCAAAGGCAGUUAUGUGAAUUUGGAGAAUGGGGUUAAUGAAUAGGUGGGAGAUCGUAUUUGAGAUCUUCUUGGCACAAACAGUUCUAGCAUGACUGUCUUAUGGUAAAACGCAUGCAAAGGGAGCUUGAGCUACUUAGAAAUGGAUUCACAUGAUUGUCCAAUGAUGGUACAGAUGUUAAUUAUCAUGGCUUUGUGUAAUCGCAGUAUACUUUAUUUUUUUAGCAGUGACAAGGAUUGAAGUUGUUAAAGGUAAGUAUCCUCUUUGACCACCAUCACAAUCAUCAAGUAGAGGCAUCUGCCCAUGCUAAAAGCUACUUUAGUAGCUACUACAGCGGCCUGUGUAAUGGUAUGUCAUAGCCUCUGUGCUUUCACAAAACAUUGCAACCAGUGCAUUGCUUUGAACUUUCUAAACUAUAAUGAUUCCAGUGGUUGCUCUCAAA